GUCAACUGCUCAGACCUCCCCCCGGAAAAUGGUCUCUAACGUCUUGCGGAUUUCGGACUCGAUCAUUAAACAGUUACCGGGACAUUCAUUCACGGCGAUUACACUUGGAUUAGGCGCUCUCGCCGCUGUAUGGGCCCUCUUUUCGCCCAAGAGUUCCUCCGCCAAGCUCCCAUACCCGCCAGGGCCGCGAGGAUACCCCAUCAUCGGAAAUAUACUAGACGUACCGCUCCAAUAUCCGUGGGUUGUCUACAAGGAGUGGGCUGCCCAGCACGGCGAUAUAGUCUUCAUCAAAGCCCUAAACCAGCCCAUUCUAAUUUUAGACUCGUUGCGCCGCAUUGAAGACUUGCUGGAGAAGCGGUCGUUGCUCUACUCAAAUAGGCCACCGAUGCCUAUGUUGCGAGGAUUAAUGGGGUGGGAUAAUAUGUUUGUAGCCAUGGAUUACGGCCCUCGGUGGCGACUUCAGAGGAAGACUUUUGCGCAGUACUUUACGCAGAGCGAGAACAAGAAAUACCAUCCUCUGCUCAGGGAACGGGUGCAAGAGCUCAUUGAGCGAGUAAGGUUGAAUCCCAACAAUCAUGACGCUCCCACUCUCGUUACCAGGUUCACGACAUCCGUCAUAAUCAAGGUCACGUACGGAUUCGAUAUCGACGACAGCAAGGUUUACAACGAAACUAUCCAAGGCGUGGUCGAUAGGUUUCAAGAAGCCGCCCUCCCCGGGCGGUUCCUUGUCGAUGUGAUGCCGUUCCUCAAAUAUGUCCCCGCCUGGCUCCCUGGCGCAGGAUUCCAGCGGUUUGUCGAAGAGAGGAUGAAGAGAGGCGAGGCUUCAUCCUGUAUGGCUUCUGACAUGAUUGAACGACUACCCGACCACGACGAUCCAACCCGUUCCAACAUGGAAAGGACUUUUCGCGAGGUGGCUUCGCUCACGCACAUAGCUGGAGUCGAUACGGUCGCAGGGGCCUUAGGCAGCUUCAUCUAUGCAAUGUGCAUCUACCCCGAAGUUCAGAGGAAGAUACAGGAUGAACUCGAUGCGAACAUCGUACCGGGACAUCUACCCUCCUUCGAUAACCGCGAUCAGCUGCCUUACCUCAAUGCCGCUAUAAAAGAGGGCCUGCGCUGGAUCACUAUUGGUUCACCAAUAAGCGAUGCUCGUCGAGGCUUCCCCCACGUCGUGGCCAAAGACGACGUGUACGAUGGAUACAUAAUCCCCAAAGGCACAGUAGUACUGGGGAAUGCGUGGUCAAUUCACCAUAACCCAGAAUACUAUCCAGAUCCAUCCGAGUUUAUGCCCGAGAGGUUCCUCGAUCCAAGCAAACCCGCGCUCGAUCCCGCUCUUGUCGCUUUUGGAUACGGUCGAAGGUCCUGCCCUGGCGUUCACUUCGCGUUCGACGUCAUGUUCAUCUUCUGCUCUUCGAUCUUGACCGAGUUUGAGGUGUACUCGCCGGAGCCCUUACCCAAGGUACCAGAUCUGGUCGACGGACCCAAAUCAGGAGUGAAAUCGUUCCAAUGUAACUUCCGACCCAGGAUCUGCUAGCCCGCAGGAAUGUUGUAAGUAUAUCGAACAAAGUUACUUGCCACUGCUCAGCGCUGGCUGUGUCCAAUGGGUGCCAUGGUUUCGAGAUGAGGGGUCUCCACUAAUUCCUGUAGUAAAUUUAUGGAUGUUUUUCGACUCAUAGAAUCAUAGCCCGUAU